GUGGUUACCUGCUGCACACCUGCGGCCUCCGCGUCGCCGCCCUGCCUUCCCUCGCCCCGCCUCCUCCCGCGGUGGCCGAAGGCCGCUGCUGUCCCCGCGGCGCCCUGGCUCCCUUCCCGGGACUCCGCCCGCUUCCCCGCCCGGCCGGUAUUUGAGGCCUGGAGGCCGGGACAUCUUCUUCCUUCUGCUCUGCUCGCCGUGGGCCGCGGCGCCGAGAGUCUGGGGCUUGCCAUCAUGGAUCCUCUGUUGGAAGCAAGCGGCACCUUUGCCUUAAACCUUCUGAAAACGCUGGGUGAAGACAGUUCAAAAAAUGUAUUUUACUCACCCAUCAGCAUCUCCUCGGCCCUGGCCAUGGUCCUCUUGGGGGCAAAGGGAACCACCGCAGUCCAGAUGGCUCAGGYACUUUCUUUAAAUAAAAGCAGCAGCAGUGGAGGUGSAGAUGUCCACCAGGGCUUCCAGUCCCUUCUCACYRAAKUGAACAAGACGGACACACRGUACWUGCUUAGAACAGCCAACAGGCUCUUUGGAGAAAAGUCUUAUGAUUUCCUCUCAUCUUUUAAAGAUUCCUGCCAGAAAUUCUACCAAGCAGAGAUGGAAGAGCUUGACUUUCUGAAUGCUACAGAGGAGUCCAGAAAUCACAUAAACACCUGGGUAGCUAAAAAGACAGAAGAUAAAAUUACAGAGUUGCUGUCUCCAGGUUCAUUGGAUAAAAUUACCAAACUGGUUCUUGUGAAUGCCAUCUACUUCAAAGGAAACUGGGAUAAACAGUUUGACAAAGAGCUCACCCAGGAGAGACCAUUUAAAGUCAGCAAGGUGAAUGUUGCAUAG